UCCUCAUCGUCUCCUCCGACCGCUUCGCCCUCUGUGUCUUCGCUUUUCCUGACGUCGGCGAGUAGAGCUUGGACGGUGGCGGCCGCCGUGGGAGUGGUGGAGGCGCUGAAGGAUCAGGGGUUCUGUAGGUGGAACUACACCAUAAGAUCCGUACACCAGCACGCCAGGACCAAUCUCAGGUCCUUCUCUCAGGUCAAGAAGCUGUCCUCUCCGACGACGGCCGUGGUGUCGUCGUCCAGCAAGUUAGCGAUGGAGGAGAAGGCCAAGCAGUCGGAGGAGUCGCUGAGAAAAGUCAUGUACUUGAGCUGUUGGGGUCCCAACUGAACCCUAAUUUGCUCGAUCCAAUUACACAUCUCUAUGCUCUGUGGAUUCACCAAUUUGUGAGCCGAGCAUAUAGAAAGAGCAAAUGGAUGUAUAUUGUACAGUGCAAAAGCCUAUUUCUCUCUAUUAAUUAAAAAUCAAUUUCUGCGGAACUGA